GAAACGAAAAGGAAACAAAGCGCUCCGGCUCAGAGGCCAAGGCGCAGCUCGGCGGCCGUGGCGGAGGAGGAGGCGGAGGCAACCCCCCCCCCCCCCCCCCCCCCCCCCGCGCCGCAUUGCCCCCCGGGACCCUCCGAUUCGGCCCGCGCCGAGCUCGAAUCCGCGCAACCUCGGCGGCGGCGGGCUCGAUCUGCGCCGGCGCGGGCGGUGGGGAAUGGGGAGCGUGGACGGCGAGGUCGACGGGAUCCACUCAGCUAAUCGGCGUGCUGAGUUGGUCAAAUGGCUCAAUGCCUUGCUCCCGGAAUUUAAUUUGCCAUCGGAUUCAUCGGAUGAAGAGCUGAGAGAGCUGCUCAGUGACGGUGUGGUCCUGUGCCGUAUUGCGAACACCCUCAUCCCUGGUGUUCUUGAGGGGUCAUGGGGUGGUUAUGCAUCGUUGGAUCAGAGGUCAGGCAAUGUGAAGAAGUUCCUCUCAGUAGUUGCUGAUAUGGGGUUGCCAGGUUUCAGUGUGACAGAACUUAAUGAGGGACCAAUGUCUUCGGUAGUGGAAUGCCUCCUGGUUUUGAGGGACAGUGUCGAUCCUAGAUUGGGUGAUGAUAGUCCAGCAGAUGUUGCCAAAACUCCUUUGAGGAAACAAUGGGGAGUUCCGGAAAUGGACAGGCCUCAGGUUCCUGGUGCAGCACUAGGGAAAAGAUUCCCUGGAGAGGACAUGAGAAAUGGUGUUCCAGAAUCCAAGGCCCAUAAGAAAACUUCUGUUUUUUCUGGACAAAAAUUUCGAGAAGUUUUCCAAUUGAAACGCGGAUCCUAUUCCGAUCUUCCCGCUUCCAAGAUUUCAGAAAUGAUGCACUCUAGUAGCUUAGAUAAUGCACCGACGCAGUCACUUAUUAGUGUUGUUAACGGCAUUCUGGAUGAAAGCAUAGAAAGGAAAAAGGGAGAAAUACCACAUCGUGUAGUUUACUUACUGAGGAAGGUCGUUCAAGAGAUUGAGCGCCGUCUCUGUAUUCAAGCAGAGCAUAUAAGAAGUCAAAAUAUUAUCAUCAAGACAAGAGAAGAGAAGUACUGUUCUAAAAUUAAAGCACUUGAAAUAUUGGUCAAUGGCACAAAUGAAGAAAAUAAGAUGGCCACAAACAGACUUCAGAUACUGAAGGAUGAGAAGUCAAAAAUUGAAGAGAGAAGAAAAGUCAGUGAGCAAGAUGUUCAUCGAUUAAUGAAAGAGAAAGAACAUUCUGAAAAUAUUAUAGAAAGCCUGAAGAAAGAUAUGGAAGCCAUGAAUAGGAUGCAUAAGGAACAGCUUGAGCAAAUCGAAAGAAAGGCAAAGCAGAUGGAGGAACAGUUCACCACCAAAGUUAAAGAAGUUGAGUAUCUUUUACUACAAUCGAAUAAGAAAGUUGAAGAAGUUGAGGCUGCCUCCAAGCUAAAAUCACAGUUGUGGGACAAGAAAGAGCACACUUUUCAGAGUUACAUGGAUAAUCAACACUUGUAUAUCAAGGACAUAAGGAUAUCAUCACGAUCAAUUAAAAAUGAUAUGUAUGCACUUCAAAUGAAGUGGAGAGAUGAGAUAUCCAACUUAGGAUCUGGGUUAAAAUGUUUGGUUGAUGCCGCUGAAAAUUAUCACAAAGUUCUGGCAGAGAACCAAAAGUUGUUUAAUGAAGUGCAAGAACUAAAAGGUAAUAUAAGAGUGUAUUGUCGUGUUAGGCCGUUUCUUCCUGGUCAAGAUAAAAAAUCUACCACAAUUGACUAUAUGGGGGAAAAUGGCGAGCUUCUUAUUACAAAUCCAUUUAAGCAAGGAAAGGAUGGGCAUAGAAUGUUCAAGUUUAACAAAGUGUUUAAUCCAUUUGCUUCCCAAGCUGAGGUUUUCUCUGACAUACAACCACUGGUUCGAUCAGUCCUUGAUGGAUUCAACGUUUGUAUUUUUGCAUAUGGCCAGACUGGUUCUGGCAAAACUUACACAAUGAGUGGGCCUAGCACAUCGAAGCAAGACUGGGGUGUCAAUUUCCGUGCUUUAAAUGAUUUGUUUGAUAUUUCACUAAGUAGGAGAAAUGCCUUCUCGUAUGAGGUGGGAGUACAGAUGGUUGAGAUAUACAAUGAACAAGUUCGCGAUCUUCUAUCAAAUGAUAUUGCACAAAGAAGACUUGGGAUUUGGAGCACUUCUCAACCGAAUGGGCUUGUUGUCCCGGAUGCAAGCUUGCACCCAGUUAAGUCGACUUCGGAUGUAUUAGACUUGAUGGAAAUUGGGCAAGCAAAUAGAGCAGUUGGUUCAACAGCUCUAAAUGAACGUAGUAGUCGGUCACACAGUAUUCUAACUGUACAUGUUCGAGGGCUGGAUUUGAAGAAUGGGUCCACCUCUAGGGGCUGUCUACAUCUAAUUGAUCUUGCUGGGAGUGAGAGAGUGGAGAAGUCUGAAGUAACUGGGGAUAGAUUGAAAGAAGCUCAAUACAUUAACAAGUCACUCUCUGCUUUAGGUGAUGUGAUUUUUGCUUUGGCACAGAAAAGUGCCCAUGUGCCAUAUAGAAACAGCAAACUAACACAAGUUCUUCAAAGUUCUUUAGGUGGACAAGCAAAGACGCUAAUGUUUGUUCAAAUAAAUCCUGAUGUUGAGUCAUAUUCAGAAACUAUAAGCACUUUAAAGUUUGCUGAAAGGGUGUCUGGAGUAGAGUUAGGUGCUGCGAGAAGCAACAAGGAGGGAAAGGAUAUAAAAGAGCUAUUGGAACAGGUUGCGUCUUUGAAAGACACAAUUUCACGCAAAGAUAUGGAAAUCGAGCAGCUCCAACUCAUCAAAGUAAAAUCACCAAAUUUGUUGUCUGAUAGAAAUGGGGCUGGUUUGACAAAGAACACAGUAAACCAACCUAGCCAACUAUUUUCUGGUGAACGAAUGCUCAAGUCUAGUGACAGAGUUCUAUCAGAUCCUCAGAGUUAUGCUGUGGCUAAUGGAGAUGCUAACCAUAAUUCAACUGACAUUGCACCUGUGGACUUAGAUGAAGCAGAAUAUGAGGGCAAUGCAUCCGAUGAUGGUUUAUCAGGAGGUGAAACCGAGAAUUUCAACUCAGAUAAAGCUGCUGAGAUGACAGCGGAAUGGCAUAGAGUUCCAUCAAGAAUAACCAGAUUCACUCUCACAAAGAAUGGGCAACCAUCUAUGUCUAGGUCGAAACCAAAGGAUGCUGUUUUGAAGACACCGAGUAAUACAAAAGCUCCGUCAAGCCAAUUGACAGGAGGCACUUCAGCUAGGGGCUCUAAGAGAUGGCAGUUGCGAAGCACGAAUGCAUGAUUGUGUUGCUCGUUUGAUAUCCAUUGUAAUCCAAAUGUGAAUUCCUGGGGUAGCUGUAGGUCCCAUAUAUGAUUGUAGCUUUUAGAAAUGGGGAGAAGUGAGACAUUUCGAUGGGCAUGUUUGACCUUUUGCUUAUGCGGAUCAAACACCAAGCAAUGCUCUAUUGCGUGCGAAACAUUCUGACUUGUGACCAUUUGGAGAGGUUGGUGUGCCUCCGGAGUUGUAUAUCAAUGCACCAGUGUACCAACACUAAGUAGGCUUUAAUAUUAUAUAUCCUAACUUUGAUGGAGCCUGGAA